AUGUAGUCUGAGUCGCAGUGUUUGGGAAGCCACUCCGUGUUCGAGGCCGGCUUUGAUGUGCUUUUAGUUUAAGACGGCGCACAUCUGCAUUUGUCCCGGACCAAAGCGUGUCUGUUUUAAUUCUCUGUGUGUCCGCGCAAAGAGGAGGGAAGAGCAUGAAGUAUUUCACCAGGCUGAGAGUCAGGAGAGUCUACAAGUGGCGAGGAGAUCCACUAGCUUUCAACAGGAAGUUAAAAACCUACGACUAUGGCUCUUUGGCCAUCAGUGUGGAAGGUCUCCCGAGGACAACUGUCAUUGUCGUUGGGCAACACAUUCUCAUAGAGGGCGAGGAUGAAGACGACCCGUAUGUGGCCAAAGUCACCAGGCUGUUUGGUGACGACAGCGGGAAGCAGAAGAAAGCGGUGGUUCAGUGGUUUGCCCGUGUGUCUGAAGUGCCUGCGAGCAAACUGAAGCUGCUGGGCAGAGAGCCUCAUCCACAGGAGAUCUUCUACUAUCAGGGUCGCGUCUGUGAGGACGAGGUCAACGCAGAGUCCAUCCUUAGACCUGUGAAGGUGAAGCACCUGGACGGAGCAGCUCCAUUCCCCGACUCUGACGAUAAGGACACUCUGUUUGUGAAGAUGUCCUGGGACUCUAAAAUCUUCAGGGUGGUGCCCUCUGCCGUGGUGGAUCCCGCAUCUGAACCUGCACCAGCGUUCUCGCCCCCUCCCCGCUCUAAACCCUCCCUGCCUCCCUCACCCCCCUGCUCCCCACCCGCAGCAACCCCAACAUCUCGACGCGUGUCUCGACGUACGCUGUCCACGCCGGAGCCCGCAGAGGUGAGAUGCAGCUGGGGCUCCAUGAGCACGGGGAAGGUCAGAUCUUUGGAGGCGGAGUCCCAUCACUCGGCCACAAAACUAUCAGCCUCGAAAUGUCUGAGUGCAACGAGGAGGAAAGCCUCAGCCAGGACGCCUGGAGUCCGCAAGAAACUGCAGCUCUGCAGUCCGGAGAAGACGAGCCCAGAGGACGCCAUGGACCAGCUUCUGGACCAGGAGCUGGAGUCGGAGAUGAUGUUGGUUCAGAGGCUGUCGUCCUCUCCUCCACAGGCCCUGCACCUCACCCCCCACAGGAAGGGCCACACAGCCCCCGCCAGUCCCCUCUCUCACCGCCUCACCCCCCUCAGGAAGGCACAAGGAGGCCGCGAUGCUGAGGACGCCAUCCCCAUAAAGCCCUCCUCUGUCGUCCUCCAGCAGCUGUCUGAGACUGACAGUCCACCUCCUGCUUCCAGAGGGGACUCCACCAGUCCUCAGCAGGGUUUUGUGAUGGAGGCAGAGUUACUGACUAGUUCCAUUAAGACACCGAGAAGAAGAAAUGCCACUCCCAGGAGAAACUGUGGCACCGGAGGGCAGAAAGCUACAACUCCAUCUCGAAGGAAAGAAGCAAAAGCAGCGAGGGAAAGUGCUCUGGCUGUGCUGGUCGAGGUGGAUAAUGAAAACUCUCCCAUGCUGCCAGCGGCCACAACGCCGAGGAGCUCCAAGAGGAAGUCUGCUCUGUUGGUGUCGUCUCGCAUCAGGAAACAGCUGCAUCUGCUGAACAAUGACCAAGUCCUGAAUUCAGACGGAGAGGAUGAGGAUGAAGAUGUGUUUGUUCCAUCCAAGGCACUACAGAGCAGCAGUGAGGAGGAUGAGGAGGAGGAGGAGGAAGAGCUAGACAGUGACCAGGAAGUAGGUGCAAAGAAGAGCAGAGUGGGAUCUCGCACCCCUCGUUCAAAGGGGAAACGUGGCACCUCUGCCAGGACGCCGCGUAAAACCCCCAACAAGAAGAUCACGCCCAGCACACCUCAAACCCCCCGGUAUGCUACUCCCAUCAUCCCGAGCAGGUCACUUCCGGCCCGUUGCCCCGCUAAUGUCCUAGAGGAGGCCAGAGCCAGGCUCCACGUGUCCUCAGUGCCAGAGUCACUUCCCUGCAGGGAGCAGGAGUUUCAGGACAUCUACAGCUUUGUGGAGAGCAAGAUCGUCGACGGAACUGGAGGGUGUAUGUAUAUCUCCGGCGUGCCGGGCACAGGGAAAACCGCCACAGUUCACGAGGUGAUGCGCUGUCUGCAGCAUGCGGCCGAAGUCGACGAGAUCCCUCCUUUCCACUUCAUUGAGAUCAAUGGGAUGAAGAUGACGGAUCCUCAUCAAGCCUACGUCCAGAUCCUGCAGAAACUGACCAGUCAGAAGGCCACGGCUGACCAUGCAGCGGCUCUGCUGGAGAAGAGAUUCAGUAACCCUGCACCCAGGAAGGAGAGCACGGUGCUGCUGGUGGACGAACUGGAUUUGCUAUGGACACGGAAACAGAACGUGAUGUACAACCUGUUUGAUUGGCCCACGCGGCGUCACGCCCGCCUGGUCGUGCUCACCAUCGCCAACACCAUGGACCUGCCGGAGAGGAUCAUGAUCAACAGGGUGGCGAGCAGACUGGGCUUGACACGGAUGUCCUUCCAGCCGUACAGCUUCAAACAGCUGCAGCAGAUCAUCACGUCCAGGCUGAACAAAGUGAAGGCGUUCGAGGAGGACGCCCUGCAGCUCGUUUCCAGGAAGGUGGCCGCUCUGUCGGGCGACGCUCGCCGGUGUCUCGACAUCUGCCGUCGGGCAACAGAGAUCUGCGAGCACUCUGCCCCCCCCACGCCUUCUGCCUCAGGACUGGUAGGAAUGAGUCAUGUGAUGGAGGCGCUGAACGAGAUGUUUUCCUCCGCGUACAUCACUGCCAUCAAGUGCGCGUCAGUGCAGGAGCAGCUCUUCCUCAGGGCCGUCAUUGCAGAGUUUCGCCGACUGGGACUGGAAGAGGCCACUUUCCAACAGGUGUUCGUGCAGCACCAGGCUCUGUGCCGGGUGGAGGGCCUGCAGCCCAUCAGCGUGUCCGAGGGUCUCGCCGUGUGUCAGCGCCUGGGAGCCUGCAGGCUCCUGCUGCUGGAGCCCAGUCGCCUCGGAGUCCUGCAGCGCGUCCGCCUCAACGUCAGCCAGGACGACGUCCUCUACGCCCUGAAGGCUGACUGAAGCAGGAGCGCUUUUAAACCGUGAAUCACGCGUAGACUGUUGUUUCUUGUCCAAGGCCGCCUUCCUUGUUUUUGGUCCUUUUCCAAUAAUGGGAGAGUUUGUGUUGUCCCCAGUUUAAUUCCUAUUUAAAAUGUGAGUUGUUGCUCUUUUCUGGUGAGUUUUAAUUUUGUAUAGUUCAUUGUUUUGUUUUAUGUUUGAGUACUUGAAUAUGCAAUAAAAGCCCAUCUUUAAUAUCA